AUGCCACCACCUCCUCCUCCUGUACGGACUUACCCGCAAUCCCCAUUUCUUGGGUCUGUCCGUCAGCAAGGUGUCAGGGCUCCCUCUCGCGUCAGGUCUGUGGCCAAUGAUGCGGCAAAUAAUGCGGAUCAACCCAAUGCUUCUCCGGCCGCUACGAUGGUGGCUGCCGCCGCCACUCUUGCAUCGGGCUUGUCACCGCGACCUCAAAAGUUCAGCACCAACUACGGCUCAGAGGCCUUUCAGCCCUUCUCUCUCGAUCAUAGUCGCAACUACGCCAUGCAGAGCACAGAUCUCGGAUCGGCACUGGCCCGUGCGACCAGGACGAUUCAGGCCGAAAAGCCCAAGGGAGAUGUCGACGCGACAGGUACUGAGAAUGCCGCUGCACCUGCCAACUCAUUACUGGGCAAGCGCAAAGAACUUGAUCUCGCCGCAGGCAGCAGGGACCCAAAGCGUCAAAAGACGACCCAGGAAGCUGAUGAGCUGGCCGGUGAAGACCAACGCUCUGCGGCAGCUGGGCCUCGUGACCGGCGCGGAACUUCCGCUUCGCGUCAAAAAAGCCAGGAACCGCCAGCCGCAGCUGGCCCUUCUAGGUCUGCCGAGUCAGGAACAGACGGCAGCGCUUCCGGGUCACCAACGGACGGUGGAUCGACAUUGAUGAGGCGCACGCGCCGGGGUGCUGCCAAGUCAUCGGUAAAUGCCACUGCACCCACCCCUCCCGAGCCUCCAAAAACUUGGGAUGAUCUUCCCGUAUCGCGGCAGGCCCAAAGGGCUAGAAAUACAAGGUCUGAGAGACCCGCGGUGCAACCGACCCAGGAAGAAACCGCCAUUGAGGAAGGCGACGACGUGAACAUGAUAGAUCUCGAGGAAGAAUUAGGGGAUGAGGAGCCGGCCCCGCAAACGCCGGACCGGCAGAAUGGAGAUUUCCUACAAGUACCAGACGCCCGCUCCUCUGUUGCGCCCACAGAAAAGAGCUACAACACCGAAAGUAUGAUUUACCGGGAUACGAGACUUUCAACACCUCAGGAUCCUCCCUCGCGCCCUCCCUCAAGUCCUCCUGUCCUAGCCGCUCCUGCCUCGGGCGAUGCAGCACUUGAUACGAGUACACCCACCGAGCAUCAGACAAGGACUUCACGCGGAGCUGGUGACCCUGGAGACUUGGCGACACCUUCUCCAGAGCCCAACCCCCCUACGAAUCCAGCGGUUACAGCCGCCAAUCCAGGGGAUGAGACGAACGCAGAAGUGAACAUCAUCAAUCCCUUGAACCCUACGCCGCUGCUCCGUAGAACCCAGUUAUCGUUCCCCAGAGCGCAAACUCCGGAGUCGCAGACUUACAACUGGAACUCCAGCCCCAACCACCGAGGCAUCAGGUCCCAUUCAGACUCACCUAACUCGAACCGCUACGUCGCCACACAUAUGAGCCAUAAUCUCGAAAGCAACUACCUCGCCCCUGAUAUGUCCGAAUACGAAGACGGGCAUGAACGUGCAACCAGAGCGCGUCAGCAGCAGAUUCGCAACAGUCUUCUACCUCCCGACCGCGUGGAAGAUUCGGAACCCAUUCGGGACAUCGGUGCUGCUCCAGCAAGGCCGGACUUGAUGUCCGGCUUCGUGCGUGCGCACACUGAAGCCCCUGAGGCCCGAAUCAGGAACCCUGCGGGAGCCCGAGGUUUGUUCGCCCUUGAUAACGAGACAGUUCGCUCUCGGAGACGCGAAUCUCUUUUUGACGGUGCGCGCCGAAGUGACAACCAGAGCCAGGACAGGGGUGCGCCUCGAAGUGGCACCCAGAGCCAGGGCGGAGAUGCGCUUCGAAGUGAGGCCCAGCCUCAGAGCGGAGAUGCGCCUCGGGGUGACAUCCAAAGCCAGGGCCAUGGUGCCCCUUUGAAUCGCCGUCAGAGCCAGGGCAGAGAUGCGCCUCAAAGUGAUACCCAGACCCACAGCUCGAAAGGCAAAAAGCUUCGCGAAUGGGCACAGGCACUCGGCACAGGAUGGACUCAUUUAAGUGGAUUCAUCUGGACAAUCUUUGACACCCUCAGCCAGUGGCAGGCUUAUCUGGUCCGACGCGUCUGGGAUAUCGUUCAGGCGCUUACCAAAGCGCCGGCUCAUUUGGCUUCAUAUCUGUGGAAACAUUUUACCCUUGGGCGUCUGCUUGUUCCCCUUUUACUUGCAUUUAUGGCUAUUGCAAUUGCUUCAUCCUAUGACCGGCCCGUGAGCUUUGAGGGUAUUUCGUUGAACAACGGGAAUAGGUGGCAUGGUUGGCAAGACUGGAAGAACAACCUCGGUCAGCUCGUGUCGCCAUCCUUUGGCCACAGUCUACCAGGAACCAAUGGAAACUACAGCAAGAUCGUGGCAGCUUUCAAGAGCCAUGACAAAGACAUCCACGAAAUCAAGGACAAGGCGAUGGUGCAAGACGCCGCUCUGGCAAAGCUGGAGCAAAUCCUGCCAGAGUUCGUGCGCAUGCCGGGCGACAAGGUGCCUCACCAGUUUUAUGUCGCGGUCAGGGAUCUGAUGCAAAAGGAUCCACUGAUUCCCACCUUGGACAAGGAGGGUAAUAUCUCGGAGGACCAUGCCAAGGCUAUCGAGAAGCACAUUACAACAUUCUUUUGGCGCUGGCUCAAGGAAAACUCGCGCCAAAUUCGACAAAUCGCCGGCAUUGGUCAAGAUUCUCAGUUGUCGGACGAGGAGUUGAACAGAGUUGUUCGUCGGGUGGCCGAGGAAAAGCGGUUUGAGGUCGUGAGCAAGGAUGAAUUCCUUCAGAUUCUCAAGAAGCAGCUCACGAAACAUCAUGAUGAGACUGCUAGUCAAAUGAAGGAUUUCGAAGUCAAGCUCGUCGAAUUCCGCCGCCAGCUUCAGCAGGUUAUGGGCAAAUCAUCCAUGUCCAUGUCGAAAGAGCAAAUGCAACAGAAUCUUGACAAGGCUCUUCAUAAGUUUGCUGGCAAUGCGCUGCUCGAGUCCUUCGCAAAGGGCCGGAUAAAGGCCACUGAUGAAGAGGUCAUCAGCGCCGUGAACCACUUCUCAAUCAGAUCCGGUGCUAUGAUCGACGUUUAUCGCACCAGCCCAGCCUACAAAUGGCCGAACAAGGCGCACCUUGGACACAAAAGGUUCCAGACGGAGAACAAGAAUGGUCCUAUCAAGAGUCCCAUCUACGCGGGAAGCGUUCUGGACCCUUGGGAGGCUGACGGUGACUGCUGGUGUGGAGGAACAGGGCAGUCGCCGAACCGCCGCCUAAAAAGCACCGGCGAGACACACAAGGUUCCCGCUAUGGCGGCCGACAUCGCCAUCAUGACAAAGCGCGUCAUCCCGCAGGUGCUGAGGCUCGAGCACAUCAGCGCCAAGGAGACGGUAGAGCCUGAAUCGAUGCCAAAGGAGGUCGAAGUUUGGAUCCAGCUCGAUGAGGACCAGGAAAUGUUCGACCACGCUCUCUCGUGGUCGAUGGCAUACUUUCCUGAUGUUGAUCGCUACGAUCCUCUAUUUGCUGAUAAGUUUGUCAAGAUUGGCCACUUUUUAUACCCGAACGAGACCGAAGUGGGCCACUCUGGUGAGAACUUUUACCUUCCAAAGGAUGUGUAUCAGUUCGGGUUCGCCACGACAAAGUUCCUCAUCCGUGCCAAGAACAACUAUGGCGCCGAUGACCAUACUUGCUUCUACCAGCUUUUGCUGAAUGGCAAACUGCUGCCGAUGGAUGAGUGA